AUGGAGCAACAGAACCCGCACCAGACCUUCAUUGACCCUGGUCCAUUGGUGCCGUCUCUCCUGACGUUGCAGGAGAAACACAUUUCGACGUACAUAUGGAACAGAUCUGGUGACGCAAAUCCAGAUGAUCGUGUACUGAACGUCAGACACGCUGCUUCAUGGGAUCAUCUAAAUAUACCCGAGGAUAUCCAUCCUUACCUGCAGCAGGCAGGGUUUUAUCACAUUGCGCGUCUGCGCAACCAUGAGAUUGACCACCAUCUCAUUUCGGCCCUUGAGGAGAGAUGGCGUCCUGAGACGCGCAUAUUCCAUAUGUCCAUGGGUGAGGUGACGAUUACUCUGGAGGAUGUCCACCAUCUGCUUGGACUGCCUACAGAUGGAGAGGUUGUAUCUGGCCGCGUUGGAGUUGACCGUAUGCGAUACACACGUGCAUUGAUUUUGCGCAUUAUAGGUGGUUGCCUCUUCGUUGAGACUGCAUCUAGCUUCGUCCAUGCGCGGUAUCUCCUAUUUUUGGAUGAUUUUCAGAGGACUAGGACGUAUUCUUGGGGUUCCGCUGUCCUGACUACUUUGUACAGGGAGUUGUGCAAGGUUACUGACCCAGGACGAUCGGAUAUGGGUGGCUGUACUCUGUUACUACAAUUGUGGGCAUGGACACGUUUCCCUACUAUCUCCCCAGGAAUCCCAGAGAUCACCGAUCCAGAUGCUAUUUUUGGAGUUGUGCAGGGAGUUAGAAUACGUUGCAGGCUUUAUUUCACCCAAGUUCGCUGCUGA